AAUCCUUAAUUUGUUAAAACCAAGUAUUCGAUUUUUUUGGAAACAUGUUAGAAUUGAUGUAAUUUUUAGAUGGUUAUUAAUUUUUACCUAAAUCUUCGUUUAAACCCAAAUUAUAUUCAUGCAAUAUCGAAAACAAAUCCUACAAGAAGCACAAAUUCAACGUUCGUGACGUUUUACGGCGAUUUUACCAAAAAAUCGCGCUUCUUCUCAUUGGCCAAUAAGCGCCAAACAGCACCAAUCGUUGUUGUUAGAUUUCGACCAAUCAGGAAAGGACAAAAAUAUAGAAGGGUAUAUAAAGGAGCAAUUUCCAGCCCCCAGCAGCAGUUGAAAUCUUGAAUCCUCAGACAUGUAUCAGAUGUUGAUGUUGAUGGUGUUUUAUGCAACCUUGAGCAUUCGUUCAGUUAGCCAGGAUGUUACAGUACAUGUAACGACACAAGACAUCCUGGACAAAACUGAAUUUGGGGGAACCAUGUGGAGUAGAACAGUGGACGCCCCAUGGCUUGUUACUAAUGCUAAUCGCACAGUGACAGAUUCCUCAUGCAAUCCUCUGGCGACUCUUGCCAACACUUCUCUACUUUACGUCCCACCAGUUCUUGAGUAUGGCUACGGCAUCAAGUCUUUGCAUGGCGUUGUUAUAAGUCUUGUCAACAGAACGCUGUCUCUUUCGGCGCGGGGCGUCAGAAUACUCAGUGACACUUUCAGAGAUUCGGGCACCAUGUUCAUGGCGACUCUUGCCAACAUCAACCAGUCUAUUCACUCUUUCGGCUCACAUAUCAAGUCUAUGAUGCUGGAUUUAGUUGGAAAAGGCUCAGUUGUUGCGGGCGAUUGGCUGGACACUGUGUGUGACGUUGUGAUUAGACUUACCAAUGGCACCACGUCUCUCUUGGCGCAAGGCUUCAGCACAGUCCAGAAUACGACCUCUGAGUCCAUGGCGUCUUUUGUCAGUUGGACACUCCAGAUCGGCACCGGCAUCAGAGACCAUAUUAGCCACUUUGUCUCCUCUCUGUCCUUCAAAGAUCUGUGUCGCCUCACCUUCAUCCUCUUUCUGCUUGUUCUCCUUCUCACUGCUCUGUGGCUGGCCCGCUCAUACGCACAACACAUUGACAUGGUCAACAAGAGAGUCGCCAGUCUAGCAGAAGAGAACAGCAGACUGAGAUUCCAACUUGCCGCUGAGUUGAACGCCAUAGACGCGCAGAGAGCUGAUUCAGAGCGAGCUCAGGAGGCGAUGGAGAGACAGAUUAGAAAUGUGUCCAUGUGGCUGAACGUGUACACCACAGAAAUCAACAAAAAAAUGAAGAGAAUUCAGCCCAAAGCCAACAACAAGUUCCUCAGUCGCACACUGCGGCGACAGCAUUUGUUAUAAUGAACUAAUUAC